GGGGUUUACUGUGCCAGUGGGCGGUAGGCGGCGCUGCCGGUGGCUGGGUGCUGUCCAAAGGCGACUGGGCGUCGUUAAAGGAGUGCGCUGUGACCGGUUGUACCGCACGUAUCUUGGGACGGAGCUUCGGCCACUGUUAUCGACGUACGGCCUCCCCCUCGAUGUCGGCCCUCGAAAAAAGCAUGCACCUCGGCCGCCUACCCUCUCGCCCUCCCCUACCCGGCAGCGGGGGCAGUCAGAGCGGAGCCAAGAUGCGCAUGGGCCCUGGACGGAAGCGGGACUUUUCCCCUGUCCCAUGGAGUCAGUACUUUGAGUCAAUGGAAGAUGUGGAAGUGGAGAAUGAAACUGGCAAGGAUACUUUUCGAGUUUACAAGAGUGGUUCUGAGGGUCCAGUCCUGCUGCUGCUUCAUGGAGGAGGCCAUUCUGCCCUUUCCUGGGCAGUGUUCACGGCAGCAAUCAUCAGUAGGGUGCAGUGUAGGAUUGUGGCUCUGGAUCUGCGGGGUCAUGGAGAAACUAAAGUCAAGAAUUCUGAAGACCUGUCAGCAGAAACAAUGGCAAAAGAUGUUGGCAAUGUGGUUGAAGCCAUGUAUGGAGACCUCCCGCCUCCCGUCAUGCUGAUCGGGCACAGCAUGGGCGGUGCCAUUGCCGUGCACACAGCAUCCGCUAACCUGGUGCCAAGCCUGUUAGGCCUCUGCAUGAUUGAUGUUGUGGAAGGUACGGCCAUGGAUGCACUUAAUAGCAUGCAGAAUUUCUUGCGUGGUCGUCCUAAAACCUUCAAGUCUCUGGAAAAUGCUAUUGAAUGGAGUGUGAAGAGUGGCCAGAUUCGAAACCUAGAGUCUGCCCGUGUCUCCAUGGUCGGCCAAGUCAAACAGUGUGAAGGAAUUACAAGUCCAGAAGGUUCCAAAUCCAUAGUAGAAGGAAUCAUAGAGGAAGAAGAAGAAGAUGAAGAAGGAAGUGAAUCAGUAAACAAGAGGAAAAAGGAAGAUGACAUGGAAACCAAGAAGGACCAUCCGUACACCUGGAGAAUUGAACUGGCAAAAACAGAAAAGUACUGGGAUGGCUGGUUUCGGGGCUUAUCCAAUCUCUUUCUUAGUUGUCCUAUUCCUAAACUGCUGCUCUUGGCUGGUGUUGAUAGACUGGAUAAAGAUCUGACCAUAGGCCAGAUGCAGGGGAAGUUCCAGAUGCAGGUCUUACCCCAGUGUGGCCAUGCAGUCCAUGAGGACGCUCCUGACAAGGUCGCUGAAGCUGUUGCCACUUUCCUGAUCCGGCACAGGUUUGCAGAGCCCAUUGGAGGAUUCCAGUGUGUGUUUCCUGGCUGUUAGUGACCUGCCGUCCACUCCUCCCUCUACAUUGAGCUCUGUUGUAAAUACAUCGCACUGUGAUGCCGCUGUCUCCUCCUCACCAUCCUGCCCAGCCGUGACACCGGCUCCCUGUAGAGGGCCAUCCCCAGAUGUAAAACCCUUUCCUGUAUACUGUCAAAAGCAUUGUUCUCCAGGGCCCGUGUCCAACAGUGGCCUGUGCAAUCUGGGAUCCCGAGCUCUACCCCUCCCCUCCUGUGUUCCCUGCCUUGCCUAGGGCGAAGUCUCUAGAGCUGCUCUCUGGCCCUGUUCCUGACAUCUGACAAUGUACCUGGGUCCAUAUGUCUCCCCAGGCUCAGGGAUCUCCAUUCCUUGAGGAUGUUCUUGGCAUGGUCUUGCCCUACCUCAUGGGGAUGGGCAAUGCACACACUGGCCCUUAUCUUUCCCUUUCAAAUAAAACACCAGUCAGGUACCUUUAUCCCAGUCUUAACUGCUCCAAGUCUAGAGGAUCCAGAGUGACCAGGGGUCCAGCCUUAGGUUCAGGGAGAGGUAGUGGAUAGCAAGUAUCCCAAGAAACCAGCUGUAAGCCAGGUCCAGCCAGUCCAAGCACAUGGCUUCCCAUCUGGGUGAGCCCACUGUCCCACUCCUUCAUGACUGGGCACCUGCCCUGGGCUGAGGCCAGGCUGCUCCCAGGGCCUCAUGAGCCCCCAUCUGCCACAGAGCAGCCAGGUUAAACACAGCCCAUGCACAAAGCCGUGGGAUAAAUCCCGUGGACUUGUUUUUAAUGAUUGACUUUAACCAUUUUCCUAGUUGGUUCCUGGAGGUGUGCCAAGUGCUCGCGUGCCUCUUCUAGACCCACAGCUUCUCACUCUACUUGUGCUUCCCAUGUCACUGUGUAGAAGCAUCAUGGACUAGCAUCCCCUGUCCUUGCUGUGGCCUCCCCCUGCUGUCCAGGCACGACAUUCCCAUGGCAGGGAGGGGCAGCCCCUGAUGCCCAUCUUUCUGUGACUGUCUUCAGUGACGUGUAGCCGCUCCACUUUCCACCAACAGCUUCCUACCUUGUCCGCUGCAUGGUCCAGUCUGGGGCCGAUUUUUGUUUCUUUGUUAUUUAUGAUCUUGUUUAAAGAAAAUAAAUAUAUCCCAACCUUUA